AAGGGCAGGGCGCUAUGUUUAAGAAGAUCCCAUUCAUAAUUUAAAUGAAAUGUUCCGCAAAAGCUUUCUUGCUUGGCAUUUUAGUUUAAUUCUGUUAAUUGAUAAUUCAAAUGGUUCAGAUGUUGAAUUCGAAUUCCCCCCCAGUCCUUACUCAUCAGACUUCAAGAAAUGUGGACUCGACAAAAAGGGAUACGUUUGUGAUCCUGAUAAAAUUCUUGACUAUUCUGCUAGACAAUCAAUAAAUGAAUUGUUAUUACAUUAUCCUCGAGAAACUCCAUGUUUAUGUCGUCAUCCGUGUUUUAGAAAUGAAGUUAAUCAAAACGCUAGACUUGUUGUAACAGCCCUAGUUUCAAAACCAUUUUCAAAUAAAAAUGCUUCAAUCGUACAAUAUGCAAACAAUAUUCGAAAUAAAUGGAAAAUUGGAGCAUGCAAUGGUAAUGAUGUUUUAAUUUUAAUCACAGAAAAAGCUCUUCAUAUUUCAUAUGGUUCAUUAAUAGCACGAGCUUUAAACUCAGAAUGUACACGUCGUUUAAUUGGUCGUUUUGAUUCUAAUAAAGAAAUCAUUACAAAUAUUCGUCAAACAGCAUUUAUUCUACGUGAAUAUUUUCUUGAUCCAUGUUUAUGUCGACCGUGUAAAACUGCUUAUUCAUGGUUUAAAAUACCAGCUAUGCUUUUAGCAUGUUUUUGUCUAUUAACAUGGUUAAGUUUAGUUGGUCGUCGAGCAUAUUUACGUCGUAAUAAUUUGAAUACACGUCCAUAUUGUUCAUUAUCUGAUCUUACUUAUACAACAACAAAUAGACAUCAUUAUCAUCAUACACGUUCAUCACGUUCUGGACGUAUUCGAACUGGUGGAUUUUCUUCACCAUUUAAUAUAUGGGAAACAAGACCAUAUCGUUCAAAUAGUAUACAUGGUAUAGAAAGUACGAAUAAUAUGUCAAAUUCAAAUUGGUGUAAUCUUUCUUCAUAUUUUGGACGACCUAAUGUUCUCCGUUCUGAUGGAUUUCGUACUACACCUCCACCACCCGCUUAUUCCAGUUUAAAGCAUAUCAUUCAACCACCACCAUCUUAUUCAGAAAUUCAAUCUAUUAAUGAUCUACUAGCUAAACAAUGUGUUAAUACAUCAACGUCAAUAACCACUACUUUAAAUACAGGAAAUCCAACAGAAAUCGAACAAUCACAACUUGAAUCAAUCCAUAUAACAUCACCUAAUAUUACUACUACUACUACUACUAUCACCAACACAAAUUCUCCGCCUUCUUAUUCUGAAGUUGUUUUAUCACGUUCCAAUAAUUCAAAUAACUAUCAGAUCAGUGAUAGCAAUUCAUCUUCAAAUACUAAUGAAACAGACACAACAUACACAUCGAAUCUUGAUACAUCGAGUACAAUCACAAAUUAAUGAAUAAUACAAAUUUUUCCCUCUCUCUCGUUUUUUCUGUUUUAUUAUUAGAAAAACAAGCAGCAAUUGUUAUUCGAUUAAAAACAAAAAUUAUAUAUGAAUUAUCAGAUUUUUCCCGUCUCUCUCUGUCUCUCUCUAUUUAAUAGUCUAAAAAUAGUUACUAUCUCCUCCUUUUUCAAAUGCCAAACAAAUCACUGCAUAGUUUUCGAUGUUUCAAUGUGUGCUUUUUCUAUGGGAACUUUUUUCUCUCUCUCGUCCUAGCAACUUUAUUUUAUUUUUCUUUUGUUUUGUUUUGUUUUUUUGAUUAAACUUAUUUGAUGAAUGAAUAUUAAUCUGUGAUGCUUUAUUAUUAUUUUUUCUCUGUUCUGUUUUAUUUUCAUUUUUUUUCUUUUUGCAAAUGUUGUAUAUUUUAUACAAGCGUAUAUACGUCAAAUUGUAAUACUAUGAUGAUUUUGUCUGUUUUCAACAUAAAUAAGAUCUAUUAAUGCUAUUUAUUUUCAUUAACUCCGCUUUCACAUUCUUUAUUCAUUUUCUUUUAUUGAACGUGUACAAAAAAUAAACCUAAUUUCAAUAUUUAUAUAUACAUAUGUAUUCCAAAUGCUGAUCGGUUUUUCUCUGCUUCAUUUGUGUGGUUAUUGUAUCAACAAUGGGAUAAUUUAUUAAAACAUACCACAUUCCAUUGACAUUCUUAUCCAUUGCAAAAGUGAUUGACUAUUUUGACUCAAUAGCCAAGUGGAUAAUGCGUUGGCGUUUGAAGUGAAUGAUACUGAGUUCGAUUCCAUAGAACAAUCUCAUCCUCUUUUUGAUGGAGUUUUAUUCUCUGAGCUGGACGGUUUGGUCGUGGAGUUUUCAUCGUUCUUCUGAACGACAUCAUCAGCACAAACUCCAGGUAGAACUGAAGUGUUUGAAUUUCUCCAUAUAUGGUUCACAACUUGUCCUGUAGACGUCGAUGUUGGAAGAUGCAACCAAAACAAUGACAAGUUUAAGUUCAACAAGAACCAUUUCAAAAUUGUAUCCUCAUCACAAAACCAUUUAUAUCAAUAUACUUACCUUCAUAUAUUUUUUUUUCAUAAAUAAAUUGUACAUUAAAAUAACCUUGUCUGAAUAUUCACUUCAAAUAGAACAAAACACAUAUGAAACAAUCUUAAUGUACAAUUGAUUUCAUAUUUUAUUUAUGUUCGUUAUAAAAGAUUUCCAGUAAAUAUUUAUCUCUAGGGUAUUCAAUAUUCAUUCUUACUUUAUUUCAACAAACAUUUUUGUUGACCUGCUUUUCUUCUUAUUUUCUUUUUAAAAAAAAAACAACAAAAAGAUUGUCUUAUGAUGCAUAUUGUUUAUACAGAUUUGUAAUCUUGAAUGGUUCAAUAAUGAUUAACAUAAAUAAAGUUAUUAGUUAUGGAAUUAGAUUAACUAAAAAUAAACUAGUAACUUUCUAAUGAC